UUAUAUACAUAAUCUCAUGGAAGUUGACCUUUGCUUUGUUAUGGACUGCACUAGUUCUAUGGGGGGUCAUAUUAACGCUGCUAAAGUCUGUAUCCUAAAUGUGGCAAAACAUAUGGAAAAGAUGAAGCCAAGUGUUAAAAUUCGAUUCGGUUUCUGUGGCUACCGCGACUACUGUGAUGGUGCUAAUCGCCUGCAGAUUUUUCCCUUCACUGAAUCGUAUGUGCAAUUCGAAAAUGACUUAUCCGGUGUUUCAGCCUUGGGCGGUGGAGAUACUCCGGAAGACGUCCUAGGCGGACUCAAUGUAGCCGUAAAUCAAAUGUCCUGGCGCAAUGAAGCCCGCAUAAUUUUUCAUAUCGGAGACUGUCCACCACAUGGCCGUCGUUACAAAAACAUUGAUGAUGACUACCCUAAUGGCGACCCGAACGGUCUAACUGCAGAAAGAGUCAUAAUUGGAGAAUUUCAAGUAUAUGAUCUUAACUCUGUAGAUACGGGGUUGUUA